GUUCAUUGGUAAUAUCGUUAGGGAUUUAAGAUGGCGGCUGAUGAAGUAAACUUACGAAAUUGUGCUCUGUUAAAAGUCGUUUGUGCUUUUGUCGUUUAUUGAAUAUUGUCAGUUGAUAGUUUCAAUUCAUCUUUAUGUAAUAUCGAUUUAAGAUCUUCAACGAACGAAACGUGUCUCUCGAAAAAGUAAGAUAUAAACUUUUCCCGAGUCACGGGCUUACAAUGUCAGUAAUUGCCUCAAAGCCAUGCCACGAGAAAGAGAAUUUGAAAUCGACGGAGGAGGACGAUUGGAAAAUGCAGCUUGCAUUUUGCAAACCACGGCAUACAGCGACAAUUGAAGGCGUAAAUUGCAUUACACAGACAUGGAGGAUGAAAGAACGGAUGAAAACUGUGAGCGUGGCUCUAGUUUUAUGUUUAAACGUUGGUGUUGAUCCACCGGACAUUGUCAAGACGCAACCGUGCGCACGUCUCGAGUGUUGGAUCGAUCCUUUGUCAGUGAGUCCACAGAAAGCUUUAGAAACUAUAGGUUCUAAUUUACAAAAACAGUAUGAACGAUGGCAACCAAGAGCUCGUUACAAACAAAGUUUAGACCCCACUGUUGAAGAAGUUAAAAAAUUGUGUACUUCUUUGAGACGAAAUGCAAAGGAGGAAAGAGUUCUUUUUCAUUAUAAUGGUCAUGGUGUUCCUAAACCUACUAGUAAUGGUGAAAUUUGGGUAUUUAAUAGAACAUAUACACAAUAUAUUCCUUUGUCUGUAUAUGAUUUGCAGACAUGGAUGGGUGCACCUAGCAUCUAUGUAUAUGACUGCUCCAAUGCAGGUAUUAUUGUAGAGUCUUUUCAACAAUUUGCAGAGCAACACGAGAAAGAAUAUGAGAUGGAAAAGCAGGCAGUUCAGCAGAAUCGUGCAACUGGAGUUGCAAGUGCCACUGCACCAUCCUAUAAAAAUUGUAUCCAAUUGGCAGCAUGCGCUGCUAAUCAAAUCUUACCUAUGAAUCCAGACUUACCUGCAGACAUAUUUACAUCAUGUCUUACAACUCCAAUAAAAAUAGCAUUGCGAUGGUUUGUCAUGCAAAAUACAUCAAAGUUGGUACCAAAAAUAUCACUAGAUUUAAUUGACAAAAUUCCAGGACAAUUGACUGAUAGAAGAACAAUGUUAGGGGAACUUAAUUGGAUUUUUACAGCAAUUACUGACACUAUUGCAUGGAACACAUUGCCAAGAGAUUUAUUUCAGAGAUUAUUCAGACAAGAUUUAUUAGUAGCUAGUUUAUUUAGAAAUUUCUUACUUGCUGAAAGAAUACUUCGCUCAUAUGACUGCACUCCAGUUUCUUGCCCAAAAUUACCACCUACUUAUCAGCACCCUAUGUGGCAGGCAUGGGAUUUGGCACUUGAUCUCUGCUUAGCACAAUUGCCAUCUAUUCUUGAAAAUGAAGAUCAAUUUAUACAUUCACCUUUUUUUGAAGAACAAUUGACAGCCUUUCAAGUAUGGCUUACACUAGGUUCUAAAAAUCGCAAUCCUCCAGAGCAACUGCCAAUAGUACUACAAGUGUUAUUAAGUCAAGUUCAUAGACUAAGAGCGUUAGAGUUAUUAGGGCGUUUUCUUGAUCUUGGUCCAUGGGCAGUGAAUUUGGCUCUUAGUGUAGGCAUUUUUCCAUAUGUUUUAAAAUUACUUCAAAGUAAUGCCAGAGAACUACGUCCACUACUUGUUUUCAUUUGGGCAAAGAUUCUUGCAGUUGAUAGUACUUGUCAAGCAGAUCUUGUACGAGAUGGAGGGCAUAAAUAUUUUUUAUCUGUUCUUCAGGAUACUUCUAUACCGAGUGAACAUAGGACGUUAGCAGCAUUUGUUUUGGCUAGUAUUGUAAAUGACUAUCGACCGGGUCAAGUAGCUGCAAAUCAUGGCAGUCUUGUCUCAAUUUGUCUGGAACAACUUGGAGAUUCAAAUGCUUUAUUACGACAAUGGCUAUGUUUGUGUCUCGCGAGACUUUGGCAUAAUUAUGACAAAGCAAGAUGGUGCGGAGUCAGAGACAUUGCCCACGAAAAACUGUUUACAUUAUUACAGGACCCAGUUCCUGAGGUUCGAGCGGCGAGUGUUUAUGCUUUGGGAACAUUCAUAAAUAGUGUAACAACACGAAGUGAACAUGCGAAUAAUAUUGAUCAAAUUAUAGCUAUGACGCUUAUUAAUACUGUGUCUCAUGACAUGUGUCCCUUAGUUAGAAAAGAAUUAGUAGUAGCACUUCAGUGGAUGGUAUUACAUUUUGAAAAUUCGUUUGUAACAUUAGCAUUGGCUGAAGAAAAUAGUCGAAAAGAUCUCGUAGUGGAGACGUUAUCGCCAUUUAGUGGAAUGAGACGUAUUAGUUCUAGAGAUAGGUUGAAAAUGCUUUCUCCGAACAACACAUACAGUGUGGAUAGUACAGAUGGAUUUGGUCAGGAUCGUAUUAAAAGAGUGUCGUCGUCGUCGUCUAUUAGUAGCUUAGGAAAUAAUUGGGAGUUCGUGAGGAAACCUUGCGAGUCACUUGGGCACAGUUCUCUUGGAAAUUUACCAAGUCUUUCCUAUGGUAGUGUAUAUAUGAAAUUGUGGCAUGGAUUAUGCAGUCUUGACAAUGAUCCUCAUCCUGUGGUUGCUACUAUGUCUCAGAAGGUCACAAAUCAUAUUCGAAAUCAGGUCAAAGAAUCCUCUGCACCUAAGGAAGUAAUUGAAACAAAAAUAUCUUCGUCACUGUCUCUUCCGCCUUCUCCAUCAAAUCGUACUACAUAUUUAAGUAAUAGCAAAGGAGAAUCACCACCUACAGUAAACUCUGGAACAGAUUUAUUACGUUCGUCGAGAAUACCAUUGCAUGGCAAUCGUUCAAGAAAACCAAUUCCCAAUACAAUUUCAGAAGAAGCAGAUGAAGUUGCUGGAAUUAAAACACCAUUAACUACUUCACAAUUUGUUGAAUGGAGUUGUGCUCAAUUUGCUCAGCCUGUUAGUUUAGAAAUUGAAACUGAAUCAAUGAAUGACAUGGAAAGUAGAGCACAUUAUGAAAGAGAAUGGCGAUACUUAAGAAAUAAGAAACAAAGAUGUGAUGCAAGAGAAGAACAAUUACGUGCAGUACAAAGUAGGGUAGAAUCACAAGUAUUUCACACAAGAUGUUCACAUUCUCCAGAAGUUUUAACAUUUCAUCCUUUUGAACCUCAUUUGGCUGUAGCAUUGAAAGAUUACUUUGGGGUAUGGGAUUGUCAGACCGGUACAAAGUUAACUUAUUGUGCAAGUCAUGGAAAUAAAAUGUCUCGUAUUACAGCGCUGGAGUUUAUUAAUGCUCACGAUAUAACGUUAUUAAUGGCUGGAUCUGAUGAUGGUUCGGUUAGAGUGUGGAAAAAUUAUAGUAGUAUGUUAAAUCGCGAUCCAGUUUUACUUACUGCUUGGCAAGCAAUGGCUGAUAUACAACCUGCAACAAAAGCAACUACCGCAACAGCUGGAUUAGUUACUAAGUGGGAGCAAAGAUCCCUUACAUUGGCUGUAACAGGUGAUGUUCGUAUUGUCAGACUUUGGGAUGCAGAGACUGAAUUAAAGAAACAAGAUAUACCAACAGGUGCUGAUUGUUGUGCUACAUGCGUUGACGUCGAUGGUAUAGGUGCCAUGAUGGCAGUAGGUUGUGGAGAUGGUUCAGUUCGUUUAUUUGAUAGAAGAUUGCCCCCUUUAGAAUCAAGAGUUAUGAUUUGGAGAGAGCAUACAGCAUGGGUGCUAGGCACAUCUUUGAGAAAAUGUGAAAGAUCUGCGCCGCAACUGUUCACUGGAUCAUCUUCAGGAGAUAUUAGAAUAUUUGAUCUUAGAAAAAAUUCUUCUGUGAGCACUGUACAGAUAACACAAGGUAUUACAGCAUUGGCAGCACAUGAAAUGGCUGAUAUUUUUGCAUGUGGAUCAACAAAUCACUGUAUAAGUGUAUAUAACACUAUGGGUCAACACCUAAACACAAUAAAAUUUCAUGAAGGAUUUAUGGCCACUCGUAUUAGUCCAGUAAGUUGUCUAAGUUUUCAUCCCUAUCGUGUGAUUCUAGCAGCUGGUUGUGUAGACAAUACUAUCACAGCAUAUGCAUCUGAAUCACGCAGAUGACUAAUAGAGAUGGAAUUGUUGUAAAAUUAUUUUUACAAAUGUAAAUCAAUGGUACUUGAUACUCUUAACACUAAUAGUCAGUGAAAACAAAUGUUAGGGGCGUAAUAUUGGACUUUAUUAGGAAAAUUAGAAGGUGCAUUCUUAUUUUUCACUUAUUUACGAUUUUCUACUGCGUUUUUUUGUAUCUACAAACGCCUUUCUUUGGAAUUAAUUUAUGUGGAGAAACUAACAAUAAUUCUUGUGAUUACAAAACCUGUGAAGCAACUAAAGUCUUUUGGGACGACCAAAGAGAAGAUAAUACAAGCUACAUGUGCAAGGGCAAUGUAAUAUUUUGAAACGCAGUUGAAAAAAAUUUGAUGUUCUUACGAAUAAUGAUGCAUAAUAUAUGCGUAUGUGAUGCAACGAAAAAGAUUUGAAUGUAUGUAUGAAUGUGUUUAAUAUUUAAUAAAGCUUGUAACA